CUUCAACUGAACCCAGAGCAAUAUUUGCUAUUUGGUCUAUCCAUACCCGUUGCAUUCUGGGAAAUGCAAUUAGCCUGCAGCCCAGCCGCAGCCAAGCGAAUCUCGAAAAACUCAGGCUAAAAGUCCGAUUACUCCUCAUCUCCAAUUCAUCGAGUCUCAACCAACACAGCAUGAAGAGGCGAGUUUUGGGACCCAGAACGGAUGUCCCUGACAUUGUGGUACCUCCCACCCCCAAACCCCAGCAUGAGCCGGAGCUAGAGUGUCCGAUUUGUGGCCUCAAGGUGCUCAGUAUGCACCAGCUCAAUCGCCACUUGGACGAUGAACACGCGAAUGCCAGUGAGGAGGUCCCAGGUACCCUCACAGGCGAAAACGUCGAAGAUCUCACGGGAUGGCUACGAAAGAAGGUGGUAAGCCAAACAAGUAAGCUUCCCAUCGGCCUCCCGUCGAAGCUCGUCAAGCUCGAUAGCCUCACGAGUCCUGAAUAUCCGUCGCUGCUUGCGACAUCACCGUCACCACAGCCCGAUACGCGAGGUCCGAAGGUCACGCGAAAGCACUGGCGAAACCCCUCAGGCAACGACUUCUGUCACUUUCCACGGUGCCGCAAGCUGCUUAACGUGCGGAACGGCUCGGUGAAUUGUCGGCGGUGCGGCGAGCUCUUCUGUAACGAGCACACGGCGUUUCGCAUGAAGCUUGACUCUCUGGCAGAGUACUCGCCGGUAGAUGGGACCUGGUGCCGCUGCUGCGAGUCGUGUUUUAACUCUAAGCCCGGGUACUUGGAUACCGACGGCGCAACUCGCGACCUCUUCACACAGUUUCAGACCUCGCGCCAGCGCAUCGUCGAUCAGCAAGGUCUCAAGACAAACCAGUUGGAGAACCGUUUAGUGAAGCUCGUGGCGCGGUUCAACGAAAUAGACCUAAAAGAUGAGGGGAGGGUAUUCAAAUUUUUUGCCAGCAGUUCCUUGGGGCAGAAACGGGCAGCGGAGCGGGAAGUUGUGGCCUGGGCGUCGGAUGCUUCCGCGACCCAUUGUCAUCUCUGUUUCAAAAUGUUUGGGGUGUAUGUGCGGAAACAUCACUGCCGGUUAUGUGGAAAGCUUGUCUGUGGUGACGAAAUGACGGCCUGCUCGAAGGAGGUACCAUUGGGUAAGCUCUGCGAGCGAUUGGGCGGUGUCCAGGCGAGAGACCCGCAGUAUGUCAUCCGUGUGUGUCUGGGAUGUAAGGAUGGGUUACUUAAGCGGCGAAAUUUCAUCAGAGAGGUGGAAAAGAGCGAACUCCCGGAAUAUUUACAAAUCUACCACGACCUCACGACGUACGAAAAGGUGAUUAUCAUUCUCCUCAAAAAAUUUCAGGCAUCGCUAGUGCUGGUGCAAGGUGAGCCGCUUGACUCGACGAUUAUUGCCGCGAAUAAGAGCCGUGGCAAGUUGGUUGAAUCGCUCCAAGCGUACGAAAAACUCGCCAAAUCGUUAAAAGUUGCCGUUCCCGAGGGCAGCGAUGACACCAAAAUCCGGCACUCGAUUCUCCAGCAUGCAACGUGGUUUUUCCAAGAAAACGGGGGAAAGUUCAAGCGUUACUGGCUGGAAAUGGCAGAGGUUAAGCCAGAUCUGCCGGCGCCAAAGUUGACAAAGAAACAGAUCCGCGAGGCCCGCGAGGAGCUCAUGGUUUAUCGUGAACAGAUGUUUUUGAUUGGUGAGAUGAUUGACACGGCGAAGAAGCAGCGACGGUUUGACGAGAUCCCCCCAUUGCUUGAUAAUCUAAGAGACUUGGAGGCUAUGUGCGGGGAUAUUGAGGCGAAGCUAGGUGAGGAUGGGUUUUAGGGGAUGAAGUAAUGGGUAUGUCCUAAAAUACAUAGGUAGGUUGUGUCUUCAGAGCGAAGGAUAUCGUUGAACCAUUUUUUUUUGUAUAUUUUUGGAACAAUGGCCAAUCUGGGAUGAUACGGUUAGUAUUAGUCUGCCAUAUAUUAAUAAAUACUGGAUAAUUUACUAGGAAAUACCUCAUCUUGUGGCUGGUUCAUAU